AUGUCUCAAGUUGAGUAUGUUGUACCUAAAAGAGAGAUUUUCAACAUAUUCGACAUCAAUAAGUGGUACAAAAGCGAGGUAAGGUUAUAUUUUGGUCCAAUUGUUAGCACCAAGUUUUUAUUGUAACUUUUGCAAAAGUUUACGUAUUUUUUGGUUUUUAGAUUUAUUUGUUAGAUUAAUGUUUAGGUUUUUUAAUUUAUGUUGUUUAGGCAUACACAAACUAUUUGAACUUCUUGAAACGACUGAGUUUCGAGAUCAGAGGAUUGCCAACUACGUCAAGCAUCGAAAUUCCAUCGUUUCCACAAAAGAUCAUUGAGACGUUGGAUGUUCUUGAUGUAAGUUGCUUUAUUGUUUUAUUAUUUGCAAUUUUAGGGAUGGAUUGAAGAUUUCCCACCAGUCGAUAUGGGAGAACAACGAUUUGGAAACAAGGCUUAUGCCAAAUGGCACGAGAGAUUGGUUGAGGUAAGGUUUAGGCUUAAUUUUAAUGUUGUUUUAUUAAAACAAAGUUGUAUAUUAGUAUAUGUGAUGCUAAAAUUUACUUUUGGAAUAAUUUCUAAUGAAGAUUUAUUUUUCUGAGUCGAGAGGUCUUGUUUUAGGUAUUAAAUAAAAAUAAGAUUACAUAUAAGGCUUUAUUUUUUAGAAAGCUUCCGAAGUUUUGGGUAAUUUACUGCCAGAAGACCUACAAGCUGCCAUUGUUGAGCUAACGCCAUAUUUAUUGGAUUCGUUUGGCAACGCUACUCGGAUCGACUACGGGUCUGGUCAUGAAGCUGCUUUCUUGGUGUUAUUAUAUUGUUUGUAUCAAAUUGGAUGUCUACAUCACCCAGAAGAUGACAAAGCUGUUGUUUUACGUGUAUUUGCAAGAUAUUUGAAGUUGUGCCGAAAGCUUCAGACGACUUAUCGUAUGGAACCAGCUGGCAGUCGAGGAGUUCAUGCUAUUGAUGACUUUCAGUUUGCUCCAUUUUUGCUUGGAAGCUCCCAACUCAUAGGUAUGUUCUCACAGUUGUAAUAGAUGUUAAUAAAUAUUAUAACGGUAUUUUAAAAUUUAUUAUGAAUUGUUUCUUAUUUGUGGCUUAUUUUAUUGAAGUUUUUUGAAUAACAUAGUGCUUCACGAAUUUAAGUUCAACUUUUUGUAUUUUUUAGGUAACAGGGCAAGAUUAACACCUGAUGAUUACCUCAAAGAAGAUCAAGUUUUGAUUUAUCAACAUGACAAUUUGUUUUUUGAAGCUGUGCAAUACAUAAACAACGUAAGUUCAUUAAAUUUUUGUUUUUUAUUUGUAUUUUCAAUGCCUUCUUUAAGUUAAUAUCAAGCUAAUAAAAGUAAUACUACAAUAUAAUUUUUAAUUUAACAACUUUAUCACAUUUUAGACCAAAACCGGACUGUUCUACGAACAUUCGAACCAGCUGUACAAUAUUAGUGCCGUUCCGAACUGGGAGAAGGUGAAUUCUGGAUUGUUCAAGAUGUACGAAGGAGAGGUGCUCAAGAAGUUCCCAGUAGUACAACACUUCUUGUUUGGAAACUUGUUCAGUAUUAAAGAGAAGGACAGCGAGAAGAUGGCAGACGAUCUGGUACCAAAUGAUCCUGUAGCUGAAGAGAAGCCGGCUCAUCUUGAUGCUAUUAGUGAAGAAUGA